AUGUCAUCAAGUAUAUCACCAAGAGAAGAUCCUAUAUCAAGCGAUACCGGAACUGAAAGCAAUGACAUAGGAAAUAACACAUCUACCACAAAGAAGAAGAAGAAAACAAAAUCGUCCAAUUUAUCUGACGAACAGAAAAAGGCACACCAUAUAGCCUCAGAACAAAAACGACGAGAAAACAUUCGUGCAGAAUUUGAUAAACUCGUAUCACUUACUCCCAAUCUAACUGAACUGGAAAAUAGAUCAGAAUUAAACAUCUUGACCAAAAGUGCAGACUAUAUUGAUCAAUUAAAAGAAGAAAAUGUUAAAUUAAUUCAAUUAUGCCGGGAUAAGGGGAUUGAAGUUCCAGAGGAAUUGAUUUAUAAAGGUCCACAAAAUGAUGGAAGUGAUAUUGCUAUAUAG